GCCACACAACCUUGCCCUCCUCUCCCUCCGCUUUACCUCAGGCGAAUACCGUCUGUUUACAGAUAGUCCAAAACCCAAGGACUAAACAUGACUACUCGCUGGUGGCUGGUAGUCAUCCUGGCGGCGGCUGUUCUAGCUGAAGACGCGACCACAACUGCCUCUGAACCCGACGAUGAACACCAAGAAGAGGCUGUUUCGUGCUCUGGCUCCGGCGGCACGUGUGUGAAAGAAGCCAGUCUGUGCACUGGAACGCUGACCAACGUCACGGACUGUCCCCUGUGCUGUCACCAAGUUAUGGCAAGGGCUGAUGUGAACGGAACAGCCGCAUCGGACGAGACACUGAACAAAGCAGCCUCCACUGAAUGCGUCCUGAAGGAAAAGUGCAGGAAGCGGGGUGGGAAAUGUAAGGCGAAGUGUUCCCGGAAUGAGAAGGCGAUCACCAAGGGCUGCUCGGGACCAAAUUGCUACUGUUGUGUUCCUGUCAAGCAGAAGUGCAACCCCAAACAAAAGUGCAGAGCGUUGCACGGCCACUGCAGCAAGGAAUGUUCAAUUUGGGAGGAGGAGCUCGAUGGCGGUUGCAUUGGUGACGACUGCAAGUGUUGCUACGAGCGUGAUGACUUGUGUGACGCUGAGUGUGACCACGGACAAGGCCAUUGCCGCAGCCAAUGCUGGAGUGACGAAACGGAAACAGCCAGUCAUUGUGGCGCCCACUGCAAGUGCUGUGUGUCACUAGCGAAAGUAUGCAAAACAUCGUGCAGCAACGGAAAGGGCAGCUGCAGACAGUCGUGUCUGAUCGGCGAAACGGAGAAGUCUGGCAACGACUGCGGUCACCCAGGCUGCAGAUGUUGUGUGCCCUUGGAAGACGAGUGUUCCGAUGUGAAAAAGUGUGUGAAGGCGGGCGGCUUCCUAAAGGACCACUGCGGAGAGGGCGAGAUGGAGGUUGCGGGAGGCUGCUCCAGGAAGUACUGUUGCUGCGCCACCAUUGACGUGUGUCAAGCUCAGCCAGUGUGUGACGGUGGCCGCGGCACCUGCCGAGCCACGUGCCUGGUCGCUGAAAAGGAGAAGCACGGCCUGUGUGGCCCGCACUGCAAGUGUUGCGUGGCCUCAUUCAACGAAUUCGAAGAGGUGAAACAAUGUCUGCAGGCCGGAGGCUCCAUCAAGUCCAAAUGCACUUCCAGGGAGCGAGAGGUGGCUGGGGGCUGCUCGGCUUCUAACUUCUGCUGCUGUGCUCUGAAAGACGUGUGUGACGCACUUGGUUCCUGUGACAAAGGUGAGGGAACCUGCAGGGCGACAUGUAAGGACCACGAGAUGGAGACUGGCAGCACGUGCGGCGGCUAUUGUAGGUGUUGCGUGGAAGCCUUCGACGAGUGCCAACCGGAAACCGAUUGUAAGGCCGCUGGUGGGUUUUGUAGGGCGCACUGCCCUGCCGGUAGCAAGGUGAUCAGCGGCUGCCACGGCAACAAGUGCAAAUGUUGUAUUACCUCCAAGAUCGGAAGCGUCUGUGAAGCCAACAUGGCGUGUGACGGCGGCCGCGGGCACUGCAGGGACGCCUGCAACACCUGGGAGGACGAGGUGCUAGGGAAGUGUGGUUCGUCCUGCAAGUGCUGCGCGCCCAAUAUUGAGCUUAUCCUGGACCUGGAGCAGUGCAAGGCGGACGGCGGAUCCUUCAAGGCGUUCUGCGGCAAGGGGGAGAAGGAAGUUGGCAGAGGCUGCUCGUCACCAGACUUCUGUUGCUGUGCCCCGAUUGACGAGUGCACUGCCAAUCCUAAAUGUAAUAACGGCAAAGGACAGUGCCGUGAUUGGUGCGAGCCUUGGGAGGACCAGGUGCAUGGUGGCUGCAGCUCAGGAUGUAACUGCUGUGUGCCCAAGAAUGAAGCGUUGGACGAGCUGGAGAAGUGCAUCAAGGCAGGCGGUCUUUUCAAGACUAAAUGUACCCUCGAUGAGGAAGAGGUCGCUGGAGGAUGCUCGUCUGUUGACUACUGCUGCUGCGCCCCUCGUGACAAGUGUCACAGCCAGCCUACCUGUGGAGGUGGACAUGGUCAAUGCAAAUCGUCUUGCAACAUUUGGGAACAGGAAACCUACGGGGGCUGUGGUGGACACUGCAAGUGCUGCGUCGCUCUCACUGGCGUGAUAUCAAUCAAGGAAGUGGAAAGGUGCGUGGAAGUUGGUGGCUCGUUCAAGGGCAAAUGUUCCUCAGAUGAAGAUGAGACGCUCGGAGAUAGCACGUCACCCUACCAAUGUUGCGUUUCCAAGGAUGCUUGUCAAGCCCAGCCAUCAUGUGCACAUGAGCGCGGACAAUGCCGAAGCUGGUGUAAUACUUGGGAAGAGGAAGAGAAGGACAGCCACUGCGGGUUGAAUUGCAAAUGCUGUGUGAUACCGACUGAUGUGAUCGAGGAGCUGGAAGAAUGCGUAAGGGCGGGCGGCGCAUUCAAGACCAAGUGCCACGAGAACGAGAAAGUUGCGGGCCGGGGCUGCUCCGCGACCAGCGACUACUGCUGCUGCAUCGCCAAGGAUGUAUGUCUGGGCCAGCCGUCGUGUGCCGGAGGUAACGGAAGGUGCCGCGAGUGGUGCAGCAUUGGGGAGAAAGAGAGUCCCGCCGGCUGUGGCUUCCAUUGCAAGUGUUGCGUCCCCUUCGCUGAUGCGGCGGUGAGCGAAGUCAGGAAAUGCUUAGACGCUGGAGGAGCGAUCAAGGCCAAGUGCUCCGGGUCAGACCAGCAGGUGGCGGGAGGCUGCUAUGACAAGUACUGCUGCUGCUCCGCCUCGAGCCCGUGUGAUCCUACUGAGACUUGCGAACACGGCACUGGCCAGUGCAGGACUUGGUGCAACUCCUCGGAGAAGGAAGUUGCCGGCGGAUGUAGCAACAACUGCAAGUGUUGCGUCCCCUCACCUGAUGUGGAAGCAAUAGAGAAGUGCAUGAAUGUGGGAGGCACCAUCAAGGUUCAAUGUAAUACGCUGGAGAAAGAAGUCGGUGAGGGGUGUGCUACCGCCUCCUACUGCUGCUGCGCGCCUAAAGAUGAGUGCCAGACGUUCCCGGCCUGCCACCAUGGACGAGGGUAUUGCCGAGAUGUCUGUAAUGAUGACGAGAAAGAAAGUUAUGGUAACUGUGGAGCAAGCUGCACCUGCUGCGUGCCUAAGAUCAGCGUGAGCGAGGUUGAGUGGUGUCUCCGAGAUCAUGGGGUCAUCAAAACUGAGUGUUCUAACAUGGAGAAAAAGGUUGGCGCAGGCUGCAGCUCCUCUUCCAAUUACUGCUGCUGCACUCCCCUAGACCCGUGCCAAAACAUGCUCCUCUGUGAUCACGACAAAGGUUUCUGCAGGACGAAGUGCCACGAACAUGAAAAGGAAAGUUAUGGUAACUGCGGCUUACACUGCAAGUGCUGCGUGCCAGUAAUUGACGCCGCUGCAGCAGACAGGUGUCUCAAGGCAUCGGGUGCCAUCAAGAGGAAAUGUUCUUCCUUGGAGCAGGAAGCGGCUGACGGCUGCGAGGGUUACAACGGCUAUUGCUGCUGCAUCCCUAAGGACAUUUGCCUCCUGGAACCAAGCUGUGACAGCAACACUGGUGUCUGCCGCGCAAGCUGUCUGCCUCUUGAAACUCAGGGAACUGAUGACUGUGGUGAUAACUGCGUGUGUUGUGUUGUAUCAACAUAAAGCAAGAUUAAAUAAAGAAACAAAUUAUACUGUUAUCGUAAUGGGUAUUUAUCCGGGAUCUGCCCUGCAAGCCUUCUAUGUGCUUAUUUUAUCCACUGAAGAUAAUGCUUACUGAGGCUAUAAAUAAACCAUGAAAAAUUU